UUUGCACAGUGGUAGGGGGCGCGUCCUUGUGUCUGACAGGUUGAACUCCUGACCCUAACUGACCCAAUAGUUGUACCCAGAUCCAGCUGUGACCGGUGGAUUGAACUGCGAUCGAGCGAACUGUUCAACAUCAAAUCAGAAAAAAAUGAAAGUCGCCGUCAUAGGAGCAGGAAUUGUGGGUAUGACCUCUGCCCUGCACAUCAUGGAGCAGUGUUCGUCUGCGCAUGGGCAGUUGGAGCUGACCGUCAUCUCUGAGAAUUUCUGUCCGGACAACACGAGCUACGGUGCGGGGGGGUCUAUGGAAACCGCCAUCUCAAGAGCACAUGAGUGACGCAGAACUGAAACGCCUACAGGGUUCCUUUGACUUCUUGACAUCGGUUCUCCGGACAAGCUACGCACAUGAAGCCGGCAUCUUCCUCCAGCCGGGUUACAUCGUCCACAUGGACCCCAUACCAGACCCGGCCUGGAAAGACAUCGUCGUUGGGUUCCGACAUGUCACCCCAUGGGAGCUAACCAACCUGUUUCCUGGUUACAAACAAGGAUGGUUCUACACAGCCUUUAUCUGCCAGCCUAGAGACUUCUUACCGUGGGCAAAGAAAAGGCUUACUCAGAGAGGGAUCACCUUCGUGCAGAGAAAAGUUAACACAUUGGAAGAGUUGGCGCCACAUUACGAUAUUGUUGUGAACUGCAGCGGCGUGGGAGCGACAAAUUUGGCAAGUGACGAGGCCGUUUCAGCGAGUCGGGGUCAGGUCAUGAGGGUAAAGGCUCCCUGGCUGCGGUAUUUUGUAGAGACGGACGGAAAACAUCCAGUCAUCGAUGGCAUACCAUAUAUGUACCCAAAUUUGCACAAUGUAGUUAUCGGUGGAAUCAAACAGACUGGGAAUUUCCGGAAAACGAACGACCCACGUGACACUGACACCAUCUGGAAGGGAAUCUUGGCCUUGAACUCUCAAAUGAAGGGUGCGGAGGUAGUAGAGGAGUGGACGGGUUUCCGCCCCAUGCGGGACGGAGGAAUCCGGCUGGAGAGAGAGACACUGGCGGGAACUUCAACAGGGCGGUCACUGGAGGUGGUUCAUAACUACGGGCAUGGAGAGAACGGGGUCACGUGGUCACACGGCUGUGCCAAAGAGGUUGCCGACAUCGUGAAAACCAUCAUGGCGGAACGACGUCCAAAAUCUCGUUUAUAGGUUUCAACAUGUUCGAGAUAGUAAUUCCCUGAAACGAGUUUCACUGAGAGGACUGGGCGAAAAAUCUGUACAAGUAAUUCCGAAUCGAAUGUGGGUAGCAUACUCUGGAGGUUCUAAAAGCAAUGUGAGCGCAGAGAAUGGGACAAUAAAUGUGUUUAAUUUCUUUAAUCUAGCUAAUUGUGACGACUGCAAAAAUUAUUGAACACGAAGAACAUUUAAUGACACGAUGAAAAAUUUAU